AUGGCGGACGCAAAGAAGCAGUACAAGCAGAUCGAGCAACAAGUCCAACAAAAUGCCGACCGCGAAUCUGACUCAGAGCCGCAUGAGCGCACAACCAUGCAGCAGGAGAAGGCCAUCAACAGGAAGAAGCAAGAGAAGCGCGACCAGGGUCUACAGUCCGCACGCUCAAGAUCAUCAUCUCGCCGCGCCCGUCGCCAACGCAUCGAGAAAGGCAUCAAGGACGGGAAAUACAUGAUGACCUCCUCCCUCGAGGCGCUAGAAGAAGCUGACGCCAACGGCGACCUCCAGAAGAUGGGCAUGUUCGAGCGCAUUGGGCCGGACAGCACAUCCAUGGACGGUCCCGUGACACACGCCCGAGCGAUGCGCGGCGAGAUCCCCUUGCGAAGCACCAUGCCCAAUGACCCGUACGUCAUGGAGCCGGAGAAGAAGUCAGGCGGCGCGCUUGCCGACCAGGACGGUCUGAAGCUCACGCUCGAGGCGAACCUGGAGAUUGAGAUUGAGCUCAAGGCGUCGAUUCGCGGCGACUUGACUCUUUCGUUAUAG